AUGUCUGAUAAACCCGAUAUGGCUGAGAUUGAGGAACUUGGUAAGUCAAAACUGACGACAGAAACACAAGAGAAAAAUCCACUGCCUUCAAAAGAAAGGACUGAACAGGAGAAGCAAGCAAGCAAAUCGUAA